AUGGCGUCCGCCUCGGCCCAACCCGCGGCUCUGAGCGCCGAACAGGCCAAGGUGGUCCUGGCUGAGGUCAUCCAGGCAUUCUCGGCUCCGGAAAACGCCGUGCGCAUGGAUGAAGCUCGGGAUAACGCGUGCAAUGAUAUGGGCAAGAUGCUGCAAUUUGUUCUGCCCGUGGCCACGCAGAUCCAGCAGGAGGUCAUCAAAGCCUAUGGCUUCAGCUGCGACGGGGAAGGUGUCCUUAAGUUUGCCCGCUUGGUCAAAUCCUAUGAAGCCCAGGAUCCUGAAAUGGCCAGUUUGUCAGGGAAGCUGAAGGCUCUGUUCCUGCCUCCAAUGACCCUGCCGCCCCACGGGCCUGCUCCAGGUGGCAGUGUUGCUGCCUCCUGA